ACCGAACCUGCAACUCGACACUCUGCUAUUACUGAGACUCGACGUUCGCUCUCUGCAAUCCAACAUACAAGAUACUCCCGUUGCUACCAUUACCAUCACUACAGAUAUCGUCGCAUUGCUGGACUCGAGCGCAAAGCCACAAAAUGUGGUUCAAGAAGAAGGAGAGCGAUAUUGAGAUGUCGGGGAUGCAGACGCAAGCACACAAGGAGGGGCCUCCAGAAGAGACGGAAUACCGACCCGUGAACUGGAAGAAGAUCUUCCUGUCGCCGAAGUACAUACCAUGGCACAUCUUAGGGAUAGCGAUCCUCGUCGCCACUGUCUUGCUAUCGCUGCACCACGAUGAGGUCGUUGCGAAACUCCGCCCCUUUUCAGAAAAGGUCCGUGACCUUCCCGCGGGGUGGCUCAUUCCGAUCGCCAUUCUAAUCGUAAUAUCAUUCCCACCGCUAUUCGGCCACGAGCUGAUCGCGCUCUUAUGCGGUGUCGUAUACGGACUAGGAAUCGGCUUCGCUGUCGUUGCAGUAGGUACCUUCCUCGGCGAAAUCGGCACCUGGUUCGCAUUCAAGCACCUCUUCCGCCGUAAAGCCCUUAAGCUCGAGCGCACAAACCUCAAUUAUGGCGCUAUGGCGCGUCUCACGCGUGACGGCGGCUUCUUCAUCGUGCUCAUUAUCCGCCUCUCGGCCAUUCCGGCGCAUUUCUCCACCGCCGUGUUCUCAACCUGCGACGUCAAGUUCUGGCACUUUGUUGUCGCGACGCUGCUCUCACUGCCCAAGCAGAUAUUCCUCGUUUAUCUGGGCGUACUCCUCGUGCAGAAAAAUAACGACAACAUCAUCAAGACCGUCAUGUUCGGCGUAGUGUUUCUAAUCACCGUUGCGAUGGGUGUCUGGAUAUGGGUGAAGAUGGCCAAGAUCAAGAAGAUGCUGCUCGAGGAGCAGGAAGCACGGCGUAUAAAGAGCGCGGAGAGCCAGGUGGAGAUCGUGCCGGAUGUGAAAAGCGCGUUUGAGCGGCGGUACGAGGAAGAGCCGGCGGAGUUUACGCUGCAGCCCACACAGCCAACAAGGAUGGUAUGAGCGCUGUGCGCCACCAUCUGCGUCUUUGAAAACACAAGACUUUUAGUGUAAUGAUAUAAUGAUUUUUCCCA